CCACGGAGAGAACACACGGACAGGCGUUCGCGCCAAGCCAGACUGAGCAGCAGCAACACAGCGCCCUGCGUACAGCAGCGCGCGAGCCAAUGACGCAGGACGGUGGACGACUGCCUGCAGCCGGGCUUCACAAGGGGAGCAUGCCCGCCACGCCACGCCACCUGCGGCAGCACCUCGAGCACGGUGCCCUGCACAUCUCGCACCAUCCGCCACGCAUCGCCACGGCACACACCGUCACCUCAUACGCACUGAGCUCCGCAGUUGUAGCAUCCGCGUCCGCCGCCGCCGUACGACUGCUGUGCGCCGCCCUGGUACUGCGCGACAUCAUGCUACAUCAGCCACGCCGCUCUCUCUCUUGUGCAUCGUGCAUGUAUGCAGUGCAAGGUGUGCAUUCGUCUCAGCGCCUCACAGCCAUGAUGAUCGACUUGAGGUGGGUUGGGUGGGAAGGUGGGAAAGAGGUUGUGGUUGAGAGGCAGGAGCGGCGGUGGCGCGGCGCGGGGCAAGAAGAUGCGCCAGCGCCGCUCGCUUCGGCGCUGCGCUGCAGCCGAGGCGGGCCUCUUCGCUGUCGUGUGCUGCCGGCCUGCUGCGCGGCACACGACAUCUUCGGCUGCACGCCGCUGCAGGGGCUUCGUCUGCGCUCUGCACACCGCCCGCCUGCCUCCGCCUCUUUCUGCGCGUGGGCUGAGCAAAUCGUCUAUUUCUGCCCUCUGCCGUCGCCCGAAUCUCGCUUCAUUGCACACUGCCGCGGCAGGCGCUGAGGGGCUGAUACGGAUGCCGCUGCGCUGGCUCGUCGGCUCCGUCAAGAUCAGCUGAUGGUGCUCUGCCAGCGGAGCGGAUGCGCAGGCAGGCAGAGAGGAGGAAAUACGAAGGCGGCGCCGCGCGCGCGUUCUUCGCGCUGCCAUGCCGCCGGCGUGAUUGUGAUGCCCGGCGUGGGAGCGCGCACGUGCUGCGUCGCGCCGGCGCGGCUGUGUUGUUUGGCCAGCGACGCGCCGCCAAAGUCCAACACCAG